AUGGGCAAAAUGGCGCUUCCUCAUAUCGGUCUCGCAUUUUUUCUAUUCCUUUAUUUACUUGCCGGUGCUUAUGCAUUUCAUUAUCAAGAAUACGAAGCAGAUUUAAAAAUUCAAAAGGCAAAGCUUAAUAUUAUACGUCAGAGGUACAGAGAUAUUGAAGAUGCAGUCAAAGAAUCCAUCGGGGAUGAUGAAAAAUUUGAGAAAUAUCAGGAAAAGCUGUUCGAGCAUCUUUCAAGUUUAUCAACAAUACAUGAAGGACGCGAAUUCGUAUCAUCGUCAUCCGAAAUCGACGAGACCGCGCUUCCUCCAAGAUGGUCUAAAAGAAGUGCAUUUUUAUUUGCACUGAGCAUCUUGUUUCAGACAACUACUGGAUACUCAUAUGCAGUUCCUGUGACCCCUUUCGGUCAAUGUUUCGCUAUGAUCUACGGCUUAAUCGGGAUACCUUUAAUGGUUUUGGCGGCUGUUGAUUUCGGAAGAUUCCUGUCUCAUAUUGUUCUUGAGAUUUACUCGAAAUAUCACGAACUACUCCAUAAGUUGAGAAGCAUUAAACGAGGAUUAUAUCGAACUCGUCGAAAAAUGUCGACAAGAAGCCGAGUUUCGGUAUUCCAUCGGCUCAUUCAAGACAAUUCAGCGAACGCGAGCUCAAAUGAGUUGAAGGAGAACAAAGAGGAAGAGCAGACGGGAAGCACGAACUCGGAGAUUCCCGAGAAACGCCUUCCAUUGGUCAUCAACGCUUCGAUUCUUCUCAUCUUUUGCAUGCUAGGCGGAAUUUUGUAUAUCUCUGCAGGUGGAAAAGCGACAUUCAUCGAAUCAUUCUUCCUAACGUUUAAUUUGGUGGCGAAUUUGACAAUGAGCGAAAUGCCGAAUGAAAUGAACCAUAUUCUCACAAUCAUUUAUAUUUUUGUAUUCGUCACAUGCGGUGUCGCUGUGUUGUCAAUGAGCGCUGAGCUGGCUGCUCUGGAAUUGAAAGAAUUGUUCAUGAAAAUCCACUAUUUCGGGCGAAAAAUCAAUUUUUCGCGAAAUCGCACCAAAAAUGAGCAAAUGGACGUUCAAGUCAAAGAAUUGCUGAUAAUCAUUGAGGAAAUCCGGAAACGGUAUCCGGAAAAAGAGAAAAUCACAACGAUGGACAUUUUGGAGUAUAUGCACGAGAAUGCGCCGCCGGAAAAGAUCAAUGAGCGACGAGACACGAUCGCAUUCAUGCCACAAACAAUGGAGGUGAUCAAGUUCGCCGAUGAGCAAGACCUCGAGGAGCGCAGUUUCAGUCGGCAUGAGACCGAUGCCCCAUUGUCAGCAAAAACUAUCACUAAAAUGGCAUCAGUGAUCGAUGUGAUGAGCUUCUCGCCGGACGAGAACAUGGAGAAACGAUUUAAGCGCGAGUUGCGUAAAUACACGGCAGAAACAAAAAUAACCGGAAAGAAGAUUUCAUCAAAGGCCGUAAAUCUCUAG